AUGUCACUGUUAAGCCCGGGUGUCUAUUUGGGUGGGUUGACAGAAGCUGGUUCGGUGGAGUGGCUAGAGACCCACAACGUUCGCGGACUGGUAUCGUGUUGCAUCGAUGAUGAGUUGGAACAACCCUUGCCCCCGCACAUUCAACGAAUCCUUUUGCCCAUUGAAGAUAUGGGUACCGAACCACUCCUCGCCAAGAUGAACAUGGUGAUAGAAUUCAUUCAGGAGCAAGCCUCUGCUGGCUACAAUACCUUGAUUCAUUGCAAAUCAGGAAUCAGUAGAAGUCCAGCUAUAGCCAUUGCGUACUUUAUGAACGUGACCAGUCAAUCGUUGUAUGAUGUAUUUCAUUUCGUAAGAUCUCGACGCCCAUGCAUCAGUCCCAAUCCCGGGUUCAUGGCGCAGUUGUGUGUUUACGAGGAAUCCGUAAAGAAGGCUGAGCGAUCCUUGUGUCUCAGAAAAUACGUCUCCUGGUACACGACACAAGGCUUCACAACGCAAGGCUACACGGCAACACCCUCCUUAACACCCAAUUAG